AUGAUUGUGAUGGAGGGAUUGAUGUUAUUCCCACCGGAUCGGGGAACCAUCAUUGGGAGGAGUCUUUGGAAACAACGAUACGUUGUGCUUGGCACUGGGAGUAGGGCUUCGAAUGACCAACAACCACAAACCGACAGCUCGGGUCGAGGCGCUGCAGCACGGAAAGGCGGUUUAAAGAAUACUUCCUCGAGACCAAGUCUGGUUGAUGUGUCGCAACCGGAACCGCAGGGAAACAAAUUAUAUAUCACAAUUUACAAGGCAAAGGGAGAUUGGGAAUAUCUGCAGCAACAUGCAGUCUCCGCCUUCAAAACAUGCGAAGUUCGACAUAUUCAACACAAAAAGCAGAGCCCUUCUCUUCCAACUUUAUUACUCGAAUUGAAACCAGACUCAAUUGCGGACAAGCAGCGGAAACGUCGGUCGAGUAGGACUGGUGGCCUGUCCUCAUCGAAAGAUACACAUUCGAACAUCCUUCUUUUUCGCAGCGUGCCGGACGAACAGCAUAAUAUUUACGAUUGGCAGAUGAAUAUCAAGCCAUUGCUGACACCGGAUGACAUAGAAGAAGGACCUCUGAGUCCUAUGAGUCCAGCGUUCAAUUUCUCCAAUCCUUUUGCGAAUCGAGAUGCCAGAACCCCAAGUGCGCAAAGACCGGAAUUACAACAGCGGGGCUCUCACCAAAAUACGUAUCCUCAUGCGCCGACACCUAGAGAAAGGCCAUAUGCCAUGAUUUCUCCAUCUCCCAGUCUGCGUUCAAGACGUUCAGACCUCUCUUCACAGGCAAGCUCACAACCACCAAUGGGCUUUACUUCAUCGCAUCCGCAAAGCUACACUACACUCCCUACUGAUCUGCCAUCUCCUGCUUCGACUUCUGGGUAUGAUAAUCAAUUUAUUGAGGGGUGGACGUCUGCACAAGGACGGUCAUCUGCACUGUCUUCACAUACCAGAGGCAGCAAUAGUAUUGCAUCUGCGGUACAACCUCCCCUAGUUGCCUCGACACCUCCAGGUCCACGAGAAACGAUUCUAGACCGAGCCUUUCAGAUGCGCUGCAUACCCGGCAGCGACCGGGUACCCGACAAGGACGAGGAAAAGAUAAGCAGCAUCGCCCGAUUCGAAGCACUAAUGCGUGAAGUGGAUGAGCGAAAGCAAGCCAAAGCAUUAGCUAAAUCACCUACACAUGAGAGACAGAAUUGGGGCCUGGAAGAAGAAUCCGAAGAAUCAUCCGAAGGAGAGCCAGAAGAAGAUGAGGACGAACUAGGCAUGUCGGACGAAGAUGUCGCCAUUCCCACACCUGCACAACGAGCACUAGACUAUAUAUCUGGACGCCGGACGCCUCUGCCGACGACUAGACCACUGUCACCCGCACCCCGAAGCCCUCCAAUCCCUUUCCUAAACUCACAAGCCAUGUCUGCCUUCCACGGCCAUUCAUCAGGCGGAGGUCUUCGACCACGAACCGGAACAACCUCAUCCAGAAACGGAGAAGGCCGACCCAACUCCUUCGCCCUCCCAUCCCGCUCCCAAUCCACAACCACGAUCCCGACCCUCCAACACCAAGACUUCGCUCCUGCGGUUUCUUCAAAUCAGAACCUAAAAGCCACAGACCAGAAAGAGAAGCGCAGGAGCAGCACCAGUGUGAAGCGCCUCUCCUUCACAGAGUUCGCCAAACGUCUGUCUUCGACUUCUAGCUUACUGCUCGUGCAAACUAAUGCGAGUUCUAGCUCGGGACGUGGCGAUGGCAGUGGAAGGGUGAGCAGCGAAUUCGGAGCCGACGAAGACCGUACCGGCAUGGGAAUGCGAGGCGGUGCUGGGACGGCUGCUGAGAUGAUGGGAGGGAGUAAUCGAGACAAGAGAUGUGGGUGGAGGGGCAGUGUUGGUGUUUUUGGUGGGGAAGGAGGGUUUUUGUAA